AUGUCUUCGAACACGAAAAGUGAAAAUAUCCUGCGCUUCCCCGGAAGCACCGACCCCAAGUUUGCAGCCAAGCCACUGCAAUCGCAGACGCAGUCCGACCAGAAGCAGGAUGAGUCCAACUGGGGCCCCACACAAUCACUGAGUAGCCACAUGGAUGCGCAGGGCCACCUUGUGCCUGACCCCGUGAGCGGUGGUGGCAUGAAGGGCAAGAAGGACGUCUUUGACGACGAUGUCGAUGUGUUUGAGGCGAUGAGUGCCGAGACCGCGGACUUUGAUUAG